AUGGCUAACAGGAGGAGGAGGAGCACCGCUGGAGCUGAUGACAUAGCUCAGGCGAUCCAUCGUAUGGUGGACGCGAUGCAGCCCAUAGCGGCGCCACCCAGAGCUGUAGUGGCACCUACCCGACCAGUAUCUGUGGAGGAUUUCAUGAAACACCGGCCGGCCAAGUUCUCUGGCAAGGCCACUCCUGAUGAGGCAGAUGCUUGGAUGCGAGAAUGCGAGAAGAUUUGUAGAGUGCUGGGGUGCACGGAUGAGCAGAGGCUGUUGUUUGUCACAUUUCUCUUGGUGGCAGACGCAGAGUAUUGGUGGCAGGGGAUGCAACAGUUGAUGCAGACGCGUGAGGAGCAGGUGACAUGGACUGCCUUCAGGACGAGGUUCUUGGAGAAGUACUUUCCCGACAGUGCGAGGCACGAGCGGGAGGCAGAGUUCCUUACUCUUCAGCAGGGGACCAUGACUGUGGCGGCAUACAUAGAGAGAUUCGAAUAUCUGGCGCGUUUCUACACUCCAGCAGUCACCGAGGAGUGGAGGUGUAGGAAGUUUGAGGGCGGCCUAAAACAUGAGUUACGCCGUUUCCUGGUGCCGCUUCGGAUUAGAGAGUUUCCAGCUUUGGUCGAGCAGGCCAAGACUGUGGAGCAGUUGGAGACCGGGUCGAGUAGUGGGGGGAAACAGCAGAGGACUACCCCAGAUGUCAGACCUCAGAGGAAACCUUAUAGCAGACCACCGACUACCUGGGGAAGAUUACGGUGUUAUAACUGUGGCGGGGAACACUUGAGGAGGGAUUGUACUAAACUUGCCAGCAGUACAGGUGGAGGCAGUAGUACUGGUAGGUGCUACGUAUGCCAGCAGACAGGGCACUUUGCACGUCAGUGUCCUAACAGAAGACAAGCUGAUGGUGCGCCAGCUACGAGGCCAGUAGGAGACCGACCCAGAGCACCGGGGCGUGUGUUCGCCUUGACGACUACAGAGGCGAAACAGUCAGGUAACCUUUUGCAGUUUCUAUGUUUGUUGUGUGACCACGAGGUAGUGGUGUUGUUCGACUCAGGAGCCACUCAUUCGUUUGUGUCUAAUGAAUGUGUGAGGAGGCUCGGGCUCACGAUGUGA